CUGGGGGCGGAGUUUCCGCACAGGUACCUCCCGUGUGUGUCCGCAGGUGAGGACAAAGCCAACGCGAGCGGAGCGUCGGUCAGAAAAUGACCUAAUCAAAUCCCGUGGACUAUUGACUUAGACUAUGAUCUAAGAGGAGAGCUGAUCCACCAUGGUGUACUGCGGAGUGUGCUGCGCCAGCCUCAAAGACAGCAAGGCCCUGAUGAAGAUGGGCCUGGGGCUGGUGCUGGUGAGCCACGUUAACUUCCUGCUGGGAGCGCUGGCGCACGGCGCGCUGCUCAGGAACAUGUCCGCGAAGACUGAGCCCAACGGGGUGGAGUACGGCAUCUCCAAUGUCCUCGCCAUAGCAGCAGGCCUGGUGGGAAUCUUUGGCGGAAUCGUGGCCAUUGUUCUAUCCAAAAACAAGAAAAGCAGGAUUUUGCAGUGGGUCCUGCUGGUUUUCUGCUUCCUGGCAGGUCUCCUGGCAGCCGCCUCCACCGUGGGCUUGUUGGUGUCAGUGGUCAAGGUCAUGAGCAACAAAGAGAAAAAUCUAAUAAACUGCCACGCUUCUGUUACCGGUGUGGUCUCCUCAAACAUCACCUACGAAUGCCCCUACGACCCCACGCGUGCUUAUACCACCACAAUCAUCCUGUGGGUGCUUCUCAUCUCAAUGUCCAUCGUGGAGAUGGUGUUCUCCUUCCACUGCUUUGCUGCCUGCACUUCAUUCCUCUACCUCUGUCCAUGCCGGAAGAGGCCGACCCCGUCUAGGAGGGUGUGUAUCCGGGACAGCAUUGAAGUUGCCACAUCGGUACAAAGACCAGGGUCAGAUUCUGAAGCUGAGCCAGCAGAGCAGGAGGAUCUGCUGGACCACCCCAGUCCACAGGAGCAGAGCCACUGGCUCUGAUCCGGCUACACCUAGUCUGAUACGUUAGGUUGAAAGUGUUGGUGUUAACGUGAUAUAACAAAUGAUUAUUUGUGAAAAUGUACCACAUCUGUUACAUAUUCUGGCUGAAGAUCACACCUCUGGGAUUUCAGCUUGCUAAUGAAAUGGUCAUUUAUAUCCAUAAGUUUUAUAUGAUUCUGUGCUGCCACUGGUUUGAUAUGAUUGUUUAUAUUGAUAGUUUUGAAAAUACAAAACUGUAUGUAUCUCUUUUUUAUUUCUGUAUUAAAAUAUAGUUCCAUCAGUUGUUUUUUAAUCCAAACAUGUUAUGCAGUCUUAUUUUCAAAAACUCCAACAUACAGUAUGAAGUUUUUAUUGGCGUUUCAAAAUCAAGCUCUUAUGGAACAAUAAUCAUGUUUACAGGAUACAAAUAUAUACACAACAAAUCAUUGUAUUGUGGUAUUUGUCUUAAGUGAGUACUUACUGUCCAGAUAUCAAUAAUCCGGCACCAGUUGAAAGGAUUUAAACAGUUUUAGUAUCGUGAGGCAGGAUAGAAAACUUGAUGGAAAAGAUUGGCAUGUGUCAGAAGCCUGUUGAACAAAAAAACUCACCUACACUGUGCCACGUAUGAGGUAUAUACAUUAAGACAAGUCUUGGGGGCCUUACCAGACAAGGCCAGUAACACAAAUGUAAAAAGAUCUACUUUACAAACAUGCUUCAACUCUAUACUGAAAGGCACAGGACAAAGUGCGACUGAAAACCAUAAAACCAAGUAAACAAAAUAUCUGAUUUAAAUAAAUGAAAUCGAGAUAUAUAAAAGCAUUACACAUACAAACCUAUUUUACAAUGUUGCUUCAGGAAGAGAAAAGACAGAGCCUAUAAAAAGUCAGGACGACAGCAACAAAGCAUACAAAAAAAAAAACAAAA